AUGUCAUCUCACAAAAAUCACGGACACGAUUCUACUGCGCCAACAACUCCUCCCGUUUCUAUCAUUUCCGCUUCUUCGUCUAAUAUCGGUCUGGUUAAAGAAGAUAAUCGUCAACCUUCUUCUCCUCCUUUAUCAUCUCCUACAACUCCUUUACAAAAUUCUAUCGACCCUCUAAAAGUUGAAUCUUCUUUACCUUCAUUAGCUUCUGUAUUCACUUCCUCUUCUAAUAAUAACAAUAAUGACAGUGAUGAAGAUGAGAUUGAUGAAUUAUUACCACAACAUCAGAAAUUAAGAAAUCAACGUCACAAUUCUGUUGAUAAUUACCUUUCUUCUCCAAUAACUAAUGAUACUUCCCCUUCAUUACAACCUCUUUCUAUUGAUAAUGCUCGUUCGGCUGCUAGUAUUUCAAAUCUGAUUAAUCAUGAUGAUGAUCAUUCCUCUGUUUCUCCUACAUCACAAAUGAGUAGUAGAUCAAUUUCUCCAUCACCUGAAACCCCUCAUAAUAAUGUCUCCAUUUUAAAUGAACCAAGGUUUAUUAGUAUAGAGUUUCACAACACAAACAACUCCGAUUUUUCUUCUUCUAUUACCACUAAAAAGAAAAGAAAAGGUGCUCAUGAUACUGAUGAUGAUAUAUCUAAAAAUAAACGUAUUUCUGAUUCUUCAAAAAGGCAACGUAAAAAUAUACAUAAAUCCUCUUCAUCUACUUCUGUAUCAAAUACUCCUAUCUCUGCAACUUCAAUUAUUGAUGAACCUGAUGACCUCUCUUUGAAUGGUUCUAUACCUCCUUCUCCAGUUCCUUCUUCAGGAUUUGAUGAAAUGAUUAUUGAUGAUCAUGUUUCUGAUGAUUUCCCUUCCUCUACUUCUCCAACAAAUACUAGUGCAAAUAUUACUUUUUCUUCAAAACAAAAUCGUAAAAAACCUUAUAUUCCUCCUUGGCCUGAUUAUAAAUAUCAACCUAGAAGAAGAGUAGUUGGUCCAACUUUUAAAAAGCCUUUAAAGGGUCCAGGUGCUCCUACUAAACUCGAUAAUGUAGGUGAUUUUGAUACCGGAUCUCGUCGUAAUAUUAAUAAUCAUGUGAAGCCAAAUAUGGAUAAUUUCGUUAUGGAGAUUUCUAAUUCUUUUCAAAGAAAAUCCAGUAUUGCUGAUGAAAUCCCUAUUAAUGAUUCUCAUGAUUCGCGUGAGUUGACAGAUAUAACUUCUCAAAGGAAAUCAAUUAUAAUAAUUGAACGUGGUUCGAAAGAAUUGAAUAAAAUAGGUGAUUAUUUAUUAUAUGAAAUACAACAUUCUACUUCAUCGCAAAUUACGACACGUUUACCUCCUCCACAUACUUUAGUAGUUCCACCAAUGCAAUUAUUACCACCCACACAAUCUACAAUGAUUUUACCUAAUACACCUUCUCCACCUGCUGCUACGGCUCGUGGUGCACUUAUCGUUCUUGAAGGUUGUGAAGAUGGUACAACCGCUUUACAAUCAACAAAGUUAUUGGAAUUUUUAAAGAAUGAAGGUAUCAAAGCUCGGUUGUGGAAAUUCCCUGAUACCACAACUCCUUCUGGUACUGCUCUUAAAGCAUAUAGAUCAAGUAAUCGUCAACCACAUCCGAAGACUCUUCAUUUACUUGUUGCUGCUCAUUGGUGGGAACUUAUGCCUAUAAUGAAAGAACAUCUAAUAAAUGGUACUACUUUGAUAGUGGAUAAAUAUGUUUACUCUUCGAUCGCUGCUUCUGCUUCGGCGGGUUUAGACCUUAAUUGGUGUAAAGCUAGUUAUGUACACUUGUUAUGCCCUGAUUUGAUCUUUUUCUUAAAUGUGGAGAGAGAAUCAAAUGAAUUAGAUCAACAGUCUCAAUCUCCGCAAUCAACUCAACUCCCUCAUGUUAAUGACGUGCUUGGUGCUGGUAGUAAUGAUGAUGAAAGUAGACGUGCAUCUGAAUGGCAAAAAAGAUUACAAGAUGCAUUUGCUCGAUUGGCCGAAGUUCAGUGGAAGAUUCUGGAUGCGCGAAAAUCAAAUACUUUGGUUCAUACACAAAUACUUGAAGCUUCAAUUGAGGUCAUUGAAAGAUGUCGCAAAUACACAACUGGUUAUAAUAGUAAUAUUAAUAACUUUAUGCCACAAAAUCAAUUUCUUUUUCCUCCUCCCCCACCAAACCAAUCAUCAUCCUCAUCACCUCCUCCUCCAUCACAACUUUCACAAUCUGCAUAUGUAUUACCUACUUUAAUGUUAUAA